AUGUUGGCAACGAGUGUCGUCCCCAGCCUUCACCCAGCGGCUACCACGGUAUACCUGCAGAAGAUGCACGCCCAGCGUGGCCCGGCAUGCAAUCAAGCAACGUCCGCUCCAGACCUCUACCAGCCUGGAGGUCCUCCAGGCUCUGAGCGACGACGACUGGGAAGAAGACGAUGGGGACGUUGA